AUUACUCAGUACUUAUUCAGAGCAGGACGACCUUUCGGGUCAGAUCUCAAAUCAUUUGAUGUUCAAAGGAACAGAGACCAUGGUUUAGCGUCUUAUAAUGAUCUGAGACAAUUUGCUGGACUGCCAAGAGCUCAAAUAUUCGAAGACUUCCUUGAUGUAAUGAAGAUAGAGAAUGUUGAGAAAUUGAAGAGUCUCUAUGAGAGUCCAGACGAUGUUGAUUUGACAGUUGGUGGAUCUUUAGAAGCAAAUGUUCCUGGAACUUUAGCAGGACCUACAUUCCUUUCUAUUUUAACAGAACAAUUCUACCGAACAAGAAAAGGAGACAGGUUUUUCUUCGAAAAUGGAGGCGAAAAUGGAUUCACACUAGAACAACUCAACGAAAUUCGAAAGAGUAGCAUAUCAAGAUUGAUGUGUGAUAACGCUCAUAAUGUGAGAGCAAUGCAGCCAAGAGGAUUUGAGAGAAUUUCUCACAGGUAAUUAACAGUAAUACUUCCAGUGGAAAAGUGGUG